AGGCUGCUGCCGUCAGAUCAGAAGCAGGGGGUACGUGGUGGUGGAACAAGUGGAGCACACGAGCAACCUGGCGCAGGCCGAUAUGUGAUGCUCAAACCCACAUCCCCUGCUCACUUCCCCCUGCACUUCCUCCCCAUUCUCCCACCCCUCUCCAUCUCCCUUCCCCUCCUGCCCUCCCCCAGUGGCUUCUGCCGUCAGAGGCAGGGUAUGUGGAGGCGGAGGGCGUGGAGCGCACGAGCAACCUGUCUCAAGCUGACAUCGUGCAGCACGUGGGCGCCGCCAGCAGACGAGCUGCCUUCGACCUCAAGCUGCCAGAGCUGGGCCCAUACAAGGCGGCCUACUCGCUCAACGGGCGCAGCCUGCUGCUGGGGGGGCGCAAGGGGCACCUCGCUGUGGUGGACUGGCGCCGCUGCCACGUCACCACCGAGAUCCAGGUGCGGGAGACGGUGCACGAUGUGUGCUUCCUCCACAACGAGCAGUUCUUUGCCGCCGCGCAGAAGAGGCUUCGGUUUCCCCACUCCUCCCUUGCUACUCUUACCACUCUUCACCUGCCCUGCUCCUCACCCACCCCUGAAAGCCUCCUGGCCGUCCCACGGCAGCACUGCAUCACCAACCACCCCUUGCACCGCUGCCUCACAGGCUCCUCAUUCGGCCUCCUCUUCCCUCCUCCCUCCUUCUCCCUUUUUCUCCCUCCUCCCUCCUCUUCCCUCCUCUUCCCUCUUUUUCUCUCCUCUUCUCUCAUCUUCCCUCCUCGUCUCCCCUCACCCCUCCUCGUCCCUCCUCGCCCCUUUUUUACUGCUCUUUACCCGCUCUCCCCUUCGCAGAACAUCACGGGCAGCGGCGCAUUGCGUCUGCAGUACCUGCCGCACCACAUGCUGCUGGCGUCCAUCUCCAAGGGCGGCGUGCUGGACUACGUGGACACCACCACGGGCCGCCACGUGGCGCAGUGCAAGACGCGCAAGGGGCGCUGCGACGCCAUCACAGCGGACAGCCGCACGGGUGUGAUCUCCCUGGGCCACAGCAACGGCACCGUCACCCUCUGGAGCCCCUCCAUGGGCACUCCUCUCGCCACACUCCUCGCGCACCACGCGCCGAUCACGGCCAUAGCGAGUGAUGCAUCGUCCGGGAGGUACCUGGUGACGGCGGGCAUGGAGGGGCGCGUGCGCGUGUGGGACGUGCGCACACUGCGCGAGCUGCACUCGUACGUCUCGCCCACGCCAGCGAGGACGGUCGCGCUGAGUCAGCGCGACAUGCUGGCGGUGGGGUUUGGGUCGGCGGUGGAGGUGUGGAAGGAGGCGCUGACAGCGAAGCAGCACACGCCGUACCUGAAGCUCCGGAUUCAGUCGAGUGGGGCAAACAGGAACACAAGGAGUGGCGGGGGAGGGGGCGCGGCAGCAUCUUUCUCCGGAACCACCGCGGCAGCAGCGGUGGAGAGACUUUCCUUCUGCCCGUACGAGGACGUUUUGGGCGCCGGGCACGCGGAGGGGUUUUCUUCGCUGCUGGUGCCCGGGGCAGGCGAGGCGAACUUUGACUCGUUUGUGGCGAACCCGUUUGAGACGGGGAAGCAGCGGCGCGAGGCGGAGAUCCACAUGCUGCUGGACAAGCUGCCCCCCGAAUCCAUCAUGCGCGACCCCGACCGCAUCGGCACCCUGCUCCGCCCCCAUGACCGCCAGCGCACUCUCACCAACGCCCUCGUCUCCAAGGCUAACGCCGCGGCUCGGGCAAAGAGCCUCGGGAAGAGCCCUGGGGAAAAGAAGGGAGGGGGUAAGGAAGGUGGGGAAGGUGGUGGGGGAGGGGGAGGGGAAGGGGGAGAGGAGGGGGAUGAGGAGGAUGAGGAGGAGGGUGAGGAGGAGGGAAAGGAUGGGGCGAAGCGGCCUCGGGAGAAGAACAAGACCAAGGGGCGGAACAAGCCGUCGAAGCGAGCCAAGAAGAGGAAGAUGAACAUCAUUGAGAGCAAGAGGGAGGCCACUCGGAGAGACGUGCGCGCCAAGGAAGGGGGGGGAGUUGGAGGGGCGAGCGGAGGAGGGGAGGAAGGGAAGUCUGCAGUGCCGCUUGCUCUGGCUCGGUUUCAACGGAAAGGAGCAACAUAG